CAAGCCUGUACAGACUGGCUCAUUAUACACAACUUGGAUCUGUGUAUGGUUGAUUGCGACGUGUUGGUGCUUGAUUGCUGUAGACGUGCCUUGCCCUUUUUGAUAUUGAGUAACGAGUAGAAUGAACUUUCUUGCGUCAACACGCUUGUCUGCUGAUGGGGCGUCGACUUCAGGGCCAUGCCUGAUAAAGGAGGGGGACUGCGUGAUCGUUUAUGAGGGCGUCAACUCUAUGAAAGCGGUGUACAUCACAGCCAAAGGCCGGUUUGAGAACCGUUUUGGGGUUUUCAAGCACCAGUCCUGGAUUGGGAAGCCCUUUGGCAUCAAAGUCACGGCCGACGCGGGCGGUGGCGGCUGGGUGUACCUCUUGCGGCCCACUCCGGAGCUCUGGACGCAAGUGCUGCGCCACAGGACCCAGAUCCUCUACCUUGCUGACAUCAGCAUGAUUGUCAUGCAGCUGGACCUGCGACCAGGCAGUGUGGUGCUGGAGAGCGGCACCGGCAGCGGCAGUCUGACGCACUCUCUGGUGCGGGCGGUGGCGCCAACAGGGCACGUGCACACCUUUGAGUUCCAUGCAGGGAGAGCAGAGGACGCUGCUGCGGAGUUCAAGCAGCACGGCCUGUCGCAGCUGGUGACGGUGCGGCAGCGGAACAUCGAGGAGCAGGGCUUCCUGGAGACCCUGCAUGGCGCCGCCGACGCCAUCUUCCUGGACCUCCCCGGCCCCCACAAGGUGGUUCCCAGCGCCGCCGCCUGCCUGAGGCCCAACGGCCGCUUCUGCGCCUUCAGCCCCUGCAUCGAGCAGGUGCAGAAGACGGCUGAGGCGCUGUCGGCAGCCGGCUUCACGGACAUCAUCACCUACGAGUGCUUGCUUCGGGAGUACGAGGUUCACCGGGAAACCCUAGCCACCACGAUCCAGCUGGCAGAGGGCCCCGCACCCAAGCGCCCACGGCCCAACCCCGCGCACGCCAAACCGGCAGAGCCGGUUGCGCAAGCUGCGGAGGCGACGGCGGCAGCCGCUGAGGAUGCUUCAAAGCAGGACGCGAGCGAAGCAGCCCCCAGCGCCGAACCAGCUGCGCCUGCAGCAGGGGCAGAGGCGCAGGUUGCUUCGGAGGGAGCGCAAGGGGAGACGGCGGAGGCGGCUGGGUCGGGUACUGGUGGGGACGUUGCUGGCAGCAGCGGCGAGACGGGGGCAGCGACGGGGGCUGAGGGAGAGGCGCAGCCUGGCAGCGACGCACGGCAGCAAGAGGGGCAACAGCAGCAGCAGCAGAGGGCACAGGGGCGGCAACAAGGCGGGUUGCGGAGUGGGCCGGCGACGAUGACGCGGAUCGUGAGCUUCCGGCCGGCGAUGGAGGCGCGCGGGCAUACGGGGUACCUGCUGUUUGCGCGGAAGUUUGUGUGCGGCUGAACGACGUUGCUAGCCUGAGCGUCGCUACGGUUGUUUAGCAGGUUGGUGUGUGGCUAUGAUGAGGACGUUUAUGGUAGAACUACUACCGUAUAACAUGUUUAGCGUAUUGAUAAUGGUGUAGAGUAAUGGUGAAUGAUAGUUCGCGGCCGCGCGUACGUGCUUGGAGGCAGGUGUUUCAUAUAUGGAUUCCGCUAUCCAUUUGCUUUGAUGUGAGAUGGUUUCAUGGGUCUCGCACGUCUUGCUAGAGGUUUGAGGAGCAUCGUAUCUUCGUAUGGCGAAGCAGGAUGCACUGUUUUGGAUAGGUGAGGUGCUGCUAUCAGUCAGUCCAGGCGAAGUGUGCCCCUCUGUCAAAUGUACGGUACCCAUCAAACUUCGUACGCAGCCGACCGCUUCCUCGGCUACCCAAGUGUUCGUGCAUGCGUGCAAGUGCUUCUGUUUUCCGUCACGCUUUGGAUUUAAUGCUAUACCGGUUCAGCUCAAGCAAGUAGCAUACUCCGCAUACCUCCCGACCGAUACUCUUUUGCUUCUGAGGGCCCACUCGGGC